AACUUUGAAUACAUGAAAAUAUGUAUAUGUAUAUAAUACAUUGUGUAUAAUACUUGCACGUAAGCGCCUAUAUCAUGUACCUUACAUACAUAUAUUACAUUCAAAGGUAAGUAUUUACGGGAUGUGCAAUAAAGUACGUAGUGAAUGUCAUUGUGGUUCCAACCAAUUGAGUACACACUCAAAAAUUGUGCAAAUUGUAAAAUUGUAACAAUUAUGUUCACCCAUGUGGUAAAUCCUCGAAUACUGGCUUUUUAUUUGCAUGUAUCUAUAAAAGAGUGGUUCAUUUAUUAUAUAGACUCAGUUUGUCAUCAAAGACUUAGACAUUAAGUAAAGUUAUUCAACACGGAAAGAUUAAGGAUUUGAAAAUGAACAAAACACAUAUUUUAUGGAUUUCGCUACUGCUCUCUGCGGUAUUGGUACUCAAAAGUGAAGCAUUGCCUAAAUAUGUUAACAAUUCAAAAUCGCAUCUUAUUGAUAAUAGUGAUGGCCAGUUCAAUGGAAGCCAGCUCAUAUAUGAUAUAAACGCAGCAACUACAAAAGAUCGAUUACAGCGAUUGGGUUAUACAACUGGAUAUGGAACCUUAAAUGGAUAUCCGGGAGGUACAGGCAUUUCUGCCUACAAUCCAAUAAAAUUAGAUUUAGGAGGAGUUGUAUUAGGCACGUUGGUUGGCAUUGGCGCAAUUAUAAUAAUUCCGAAGUUGUUAAGUGCUUUCCAUGGAGGAUAUGCUGGUUAUGGCCGAAGUGAAAAUGACCGCGACCUAUUAUCGCUUUCAAAUAUGAUGAAUAGAAUUGAUGAUAUACUUGGACAAAAUAAUAUAGAUUCAACAAGUUGCACGCAACGUGCUGUUUGCAGUUAUGUCCGCUCAACGGAAUUGAAUUUAAAAACAGGUGUUCCAGACCAAAUAGAUGAACUCAUCCACACGCUCUCGGAAAACACUCUCGUUGGUUAUCUUUUAGAUGGUACAGCAAUCAAAGAGGCUUUAGAAAUAGGAAAGAAAGUUAACGGGAAGCCUUGUGAACAGAUGUACACAUCCUGCCCACUGGACAAUAAAACAGCCGCUAAUUUGUUAAUGAAAUUACUGCCUAACAAAAGUUCUUCGAAUCCAUUGAAAUCGCAAUGAUUAGAUGUUUUCCUUUUUUCAUUUUUAAUUAAAUAUAUCCGCACUCCGGAAAGAUAUACUAAUGCUUAAAAUGUAUAUUGACAAAGCAUAUUGUGACACAUUUGUCUUAUUUCGAUACAUACGGAGAAUAAAGAUAAUAACUUUACAUGGUCGCAUAAUCUUAUUUUUCAAAAUAAAUCAAGUCAGAAAGUGAAAUAGAAUAACGGCCACGCCUAAUCACAAUAUAAAGGUUAUGUGUCUAGUGAAAAACAUCAACACCGCAAGGCAAUACUGAAGGUCUUCAUGUGAAACACUAUAUACAUUGAAAAUGCACGUAUAAUCGCCCAACUUUAUGCGAAAUAUUCUGGCAACUAUUCUACCAAUUUCAGCCAUAUUUAAUUAAUAAUAUUCCCUGUUUGGUCUAAUGUACAGUUUAGUCCAAAUCGGACCAGUAACUAAUACUUCUCUUAUAGCACACAAAUAAAUUACAUCAAGUCCCUUAACUAUAGAAGGUUCCCUGAUCUGAACUGAAAAUUAAAUUCGAAUUAUAAGACUUCAAGCACCCUAGAAACGUCUUAAUGAAAUUAAUAUAAAUG